AUGAAGACGUGUCUUAUGAAAUUCUGCAGAAUACUUUGCUUUGCAUUGACUUUGCCCUUACAGCUAAUGGAGGUGACAGGCCUGUACGGUAUGUACAAACGUUUGUUCCCCCUGCUUGCCUACAACAUUACAUUUUCGUACAACGAUAAAAUGCACAAGACGAAGAGAGAUCUUUUCCGAAACGUGGGCAAAUUUGCACACAGCGACGGGACACUUCGCUUGCUGGAGAUCGGCUGUGGCAGCGGGGCGAACUUCCAGUUCUACCCAUACGGCUGCACGGUGGUGUGCACUGACCCCAACCCGCACUUCGAGAAGUACCUGCGAAUGAGCAUGGAAGCAAAUAAGCAUCUGACUUACGACAAGUUUGUGGUUUUGUCUGGAGAGGACAUGAAGGAAGUACAGGACGAGUCCGUGGACGUCGUUGUCUGCACCUUGGUUCUCUGUUCUGUCAGCGAUGUGCAGCAGGUGCUGCAAGAGAUCCGGCGCGUCCUCAAAUCAGGUGGAGCCUUCUACUUUUUGGAACAUGUUGUCUCUGAUCCGUCCUCCUGGACAUACUUCUUUCAGCAUGUACUUGAACCUCUGUGGUACUAUCUUGGGGAUGGAUGCAUGGUUACCAGAGCAACAUGGAAAGAUCUAGAGGCUGCUGGUUUCUCUGAACUUCACCUAAAACAAAUUGAGGCUCCAGAGGUUACUUUAAUGAUAAGGCCACAUAUCAUGGGAUAUUCCAUUAAAUGA